GAUUGAACGCACCCUUAAUCUGACCUCCCGAAGGUGGUGUGAUAUUGACGGGCCGCCACUGCGCAUACUAUGAUAAACGGUUGAUUACGACCCGGUCCGACAAGAACUGUCAAGUACCUAUUUAGUUCUUUUGCUGUGACCAACGUAAAGGGACAUUACUGAUCAUUGCCGCCACCGCCAAACACCUUCGCAGAUGGCGAACAUCAGGGUCAUAAUAGUGGGUGCUGGAAUUGCUGGUCCCGUGCUUGCAGUUUUUUUGAAGAUGAAAGGCUACGACCCCGUCAUAUAUGAGAGACUUCCUGGUCCAGGAGAAGGCGGAAUCGCGAUCAUGCUGCAGCCCAACGGCAUGCGUGUUCUAUCACUCAUUCCAGGGCUCCUGAAACAUAUACCCGGCCAUUCUCCAGAUAGGAUGAUUCACUGUUCCUGCUUGGAUGAAGUGGAGGAUAUCCUCGUUGAUAGCGAUAUUUCGCCAGCGACGAUGCGAGAACGAUAUGGCUUUCCCAACAUUGGAGUGCGGCGCCCAGAGUUCCAACAGCUUUUAAUCGACACGGCCCAAAAGCAUGGCGUCGAGAUCAAGUGGGGCCACGAAGCCAUCGAAUUCGAGCAAAGUGAAGAUGCAGUGGAAGUCACGUUCGCAAAUGGUACCAAGGACACAGCGAGCUUUGUCAUAGGUUGUGAUGGGUUGCAUAGCAAUACCCGGAUUGCGCUCUUUGGGAAAGAGAAGGCACGCUUCACGGGAAUGGUGCGGGUCGGUGGUGUGUCUCCUACGCCGCCUGUCCUUCAAGGGAGCUUUGCCAGGGUAGACAACUACGGGGAUGGUCGUCAUAUGAUUGCGUAUCCCGUUGCGGAAGAUGAGUAUGCAUGGUCCAUCACAACUCGAGGAGCUGAGGCCAAGGAGAAUUGGAGGAUGCAGAACGCGGAGCAGCAGAACGAAAUCCGAAAAGGGCCUUUCUCUGCUUGGGGGUUUGGGGCCGGAGAUUUGGUAAAGACCGGCCAGAAGAUCGUGAGGUAUGGUCUCUAUGACCGGCCCGAGCUUGAGUCGUGGUUUAAGGGAAGGAUUGUUCUUUUGGGCGAUGCAGCUCACCCAACCACUCCGCAUCUGGGCCAAGGUGCUAAUCAAGCCUUCGAAGACAUCUACCAUUUUAUGCGGCUCCUGGGGAAGCACAAUCCAUCUGUCGACCAGCUGUCGACAGAAUUAUUGUUACGAGUGUUCACUAAUUACCAGGAUCUUCGGCUACUGCGUACAUCAGAGCUCGUAAGGGAAGCUAGACGACAAGGAGAAAUUCGGGUGGUCGAAGGGGUUGACGCAUGUAGGGCUAGAGAUGAAGCAAUUCGAACGCGAUUUAAUGAUGACGUAGCGAGGAGGGCAAGCGACGAAAUGUUAUCCGGACCAUUUACCGAGAGCGAAAUGUAGUUAUUCUAC